AGUGCUGAACCGACAGGGGGGAAAACCCUUCGAAACCUCAAUCCUGCGUGCAGCAAAACAAAACCUUGGCGGUGUGCGGUUUUGUUUCAAGCGAUGUGAUUUGUUCUGUUUUUUUUUAUUAUUAUCAUAGACAGUGCUUGUUGUUAACGCUGUGUAGUAUGUUCAAUUGUGUGACGGUUUUGAUACCAGCGUUGCAGCAACUGAGGAGGAAGCAUCGAAGGCUUCAGCAGUGCCGAAAUAUCUUAUAGCAGUCUUUUACAAAGUUUGAAGCAGUGGAAACUUAGGUCUAAUUGACGGUUAUUUAAAAAAAACUAACAUAUAUCAAUGGCGUGUUGAAUUGUGGCUUUUACGUGUGUAUUCGUACAUAAUAAUGAUUGAAGAAAGCAUGAAACCGUUCAUAGACGUUAAAGCAUGAAGCUCGAGAGAGAAAAGUUUCGUAUGAAAUGUGUUAACGCUAGGAACACUCUACGCACCUUUCAUGUGCGCAGUUCAACGCAGGUCUGAAUUGUAAUUAAGCGUGUGAAAUAGGUAAGAAAUAUAUAAUCGGUAGGUGAUAAUUGGGCUCAACUUAUUGCAGAAGUAAAUAAUUGUGCAUAUAUUGAAACUGUGACGUUAUGUAGGCCUAUGUGUAAAAUAUAAGCCCAUAACUCUAUCUUAAUUAAAAUGACAUGUAAAAUAUUAAAUAUGCCGCCAAAUGCACACAGAACAGAUUCGAGCCGAAAUUGCAGUUGAGAAGUUACCAUGGCUACGACCACAUUGUUACUGCAGCACCAUCAUCACCACGAACCUCACAAGAGACAAACAGAAGAGGAAACGAGCAGUUGCGACGGAAGUGACGUCAGCAGCCGGCAUCCGCCAUCACCACCGCCACCGACAAUUCCGAGAGCCAGUCACCAAAAUAAUGAUAACCUAGUGGUGAUAUGUGGUGAUAAUCUGCUUCCUCCUAGUACAGUACAGCCUCCAUGUCUCCCUCGAGCGUCGUGCUCAGACGAGGAUGAACGCUGUUCCAACAAUGACGAUGAAGAUGAACUGUUGAGUGUAGGAAGUGAGACGCCGCCCCCAAUAAUGCCCAUAACUGACCAUCUCAUAGGUUUAGCGUCCCCCAGUACACAUAUGGGCGCGGGGCUUGAAGACGACGACAGCGACGACGACGCCAGCGACGCCAAAACAGACAUAGGCUCCACAUCGCAAUCUUCGGAUUCUUGUAGCAGAUCGUCGGUAUCGCGAUGUUCCCUGAUGACGGACGGUUACUCGACUUCAUCAUCCAUAACGUCACCUGUCCCACCGACCAUCAACGCUGCGAAAUUCAUCCCUUCGUCACCCGAAGAUCUGUUGCACAGUCAUCCCAGUCUGUCGACACAUCACCUCCGCCAUUCCAACAACACAUUCAGGAGACAGACGUGCAGAUCCCAGCAGCUGAACCAUUCUUCGUCCGUUGCCACGCGACCCAAUAAUAAUGUCAACAAUGUUAGUAACAAUGUUUCAAUGCGCGCGCUCAAAUUUAGUAUAGAUAAUAUUUUAAAACCUGAUUUUGGACGCCAAACAGCGCCGAUAUAUAACAUACCAAUUCCGAAAAAGGGCUCUAGUGGUGGGACAUUGCUAUCCGUACGGAGUUCGAAUGGUGCAGGUAUACAAGAUAUAUCAACAGCAAAAAUUUCAAAUUCGAAAAGGAACGGUGUUGCCAACAGCAGUCAUGGGAAGCAUGGUGCAAGUGUGGAUAAAGUGGGAUCGAAACAUCGUAGCAAUGGGGGUGCCCUACCGAUGGAUUUAUCGAAGGUGGUUUCGCCACUCAGUUCUUCGGCCGAUGGACGAGAGAGUUCGUUGGCAAGUGAGGGGACGGUCUCGGCAGUUAGCUCGCCGGCAGCCGCGGGUUCAGCCACUGGGACGCUGGCCGGCUCUUCCCAGCUGCUCUGGCCUGCUUGGGUCUACUGCACGCGGUACUCCGACCGGCCUUCCUCUGGUAAGUAG